UUUUUAAAAUUUCUUUCUCAUUUUUAGGACUAUUAUCAGAGCCAGGAAGUGAAGCAGCGUUUUAUGGCUGCCAUGCACAGCAUUGCCCACCUUACAGCAAGAGACGUGGCUACAGCAUUUGAUCUUCAGAGUUUAAGACUGCUUGUGAUUUAGGAGGUUGUACUGGAGCUCUGGCUCAUGAAUUAAUACAAAUAUAUCCAAAUAUGAAGGUCACAGUGUUUGACCUUCCAGAAGUCAUUGCAAACAGCUCUUGCUUUCAACCAUCAGAACAAUGCACAGCUCCAGUGACAUUUGUAUCAGGUGACUUUUUCACGGAUGACCUUCCAGAAGCAGAUCUUUACAUACUUUCACGUGUUCUUCAUGACUGGCCUGAUGAAAAGAUUCAUGUACUGUUAAACAAAAUAUCAACUGUUUGCAGACCAGGAAGUGCCUUGCUAGUGGCAGAAACUGUGCUUGAUGAGCAGAAGACACACCCUCCUAGAGUUGUACUGCAGUCUCUGAGUAUGACUGAAGGCAAGCAGAGAAGUGGCUCAGAAUAUAAGCAGCUGCUGGAGAAAUAUGGAUUCACAAAUACACAAAUUAAGAUCACAGGCAACUUACUAGAUACUGUUUUGUGCUUCAAGAAGAGUCAGUCAUCUUGGCAUGCACAGAAAUAGCAUGAGAUGCUGAAUUGUUUUAACGUGUGCAAUGUACCUGUCAUCACCCAACAUUGUCAGUUUAGGACCAUUUUGACCCUUUAUAUGAAACGUGGGUGUUAUAAGUUUUGAAUAAAAGGUUUAAACUCAAUCCUGUACAAGCUGUACUCUUUGGGAUGGUAGUUGUCGUCUUCAGUUUUCUAUGGGACUUUACUGGGAAGCACUUCAAGGAUGCCAUUUUAUGCUUUUUUUUAAUUUGCUCUAAAGAAAGACAACCAAGCUCUAAUAGAGUUCCUGGAGUAGUUGUAAUGUCAUAGGAACUUCAGUAGCUUCUAAUUUCCGGGCACAGUAUAUACUCACACAGACUCCACUUGACUUGUUUCCAUUGGUUCCUGUCAGAUUUGUUCUUUUUCUGAGUAUUUUUGAGUAUUGUUAAAUGGCUAUUUAUAUUUUUGCCUCAUUUGAGAUGAAUUUCAGGUUUUAUGCAACUUUUCAAAGAUCUAUGAGUAGAUAUUUCUUUGUUCCAGCUUUUAAUUAAAGAAAUAUUCUCCACCCUCUCUCCUCAAGUACUUUGUCCCUAAUGUCACAACUUUUAAUAGUUUUUUGGAUACUAUAUUAAUAUUUACUAUUUCUAUUUCAAAUGUCCUCUGUAGUAGAAGCAUUCCUAGAGAUUAAAGUUAUACUUUCAAACGAGCUUUCUCUUCUAUCAGUUAUUACUUUUUUGCCUGUCACAUUUCUGGAGCAAUAAUCCUGAUGAGCCAACCUCAGCAAAUAGUUUGAGCAAGGUCAGGAAUUGUAUCUGCCUGCUAGACUCAGCCUUGUUAUUUAAUCAGAAGUUACUUUGCUCUUUGAACUCUGAGUAAAGUGAACGUAAUACAGUGAUUCAUUCAGCUCAUCUAAGAGACACAUAGUACAGAGUAUUUCAGCUGUAGAAAACUAGGGGAAUGCCAGAUUUCUUCCAGACAGGGGUAUGUAAGUCUUAGCAGAAGCUUUUUAUACAUGAAAUUUUGCUGAUUUCAUCUGUAAGGAUGUUUGGAGAGAGAUGUCAAACUACUGAAUGUGUUUGAAGCAAGUUUAUUUUCUGUACUGAUACAAAGUUUGCCAUUAUGCUUAAAGGGUUUAUAUUUUAAAAGACUUAUUCCAGCAAUUUUUCUGUUUCAGUUAUUCAUCAAGUUUAUGCUAUAUAUCAAGCUGUUGAAAAAUGUUUGAGUCAGAACACAGCACUCUUAAAGCUGGCACAUUUAUUACUGUCAGACUUAAAUUUGUACCUCUAAGUACUGUGUACUUAAUGGCUAUAAAACUUGACUAGCACAUGUGGUUAACACAUCACCUCAGUGUACUCUGUUAUUUAAGUGCAGCAUUUUAUACAAAAUGAGACUUAGUUCCUUGAGCAUG